GGACAGACAGAUCUUUUUUUGCCAAAGCCUAAAUCUAUCUUUUGGCCUGACUGAUGGCAAUUCACAAUGAUAUCGGCUCCGUCACGCUGCAGAUUCUGAUGAGAGACGAGGGUCUAUAGUGGCUAGCAGCUUGUGUCAAGAAGUGAACUAACUGCAUGCAUAGAGUGCGACCAUGGUACGACAACGGUUCACCACCAAUCGACCCCACCAACAGCAACGGCGUCGUUUGAGGACUAGCUCUUCUUCGUCGCACAACAACGGUCCUUCCAGCACCUUGGGGAUUCCACUUUCCAACACGGUGGUCAAGUUCUUGCUGUACCUGUGCACGCUCUUCUUUCUGGUAAUUCUCAUCACAUCCCAUCAGAAUCUUCCAAGUCCUUCCAGUAGUACUCUGGGUCGUCGCACUCGACGAUUGCCGUCUCGGCUGCGAGACUCACUCUUUUUGUCACGCCAUCCCAGCAGCGACAACAACUACAAUGAUUUCUACUACACGUACAAGAGUUUCCUGUCGUCUGCCUUUAAAAGACGAUCCAAAUCAUCUACACCGCGCAUUGCCAUUGUCUUGCCGUUUAUUGGCAAGGGCCCCGAAUCGAUUCCUCCCUAUUUGGGACUCUUUUGCGGUGCCGCCGGUGGAGCGGCUCAGUUGAUCGAUUUUUUGAUUUUUCAUCCUGGAGUCUUGCAGACGUUUGCCGAACGAACCACCGUCUGCCCCCCAAAUGUCAAAUUCAUCAAUCUGCAAAGUAUGGAACAUUUAGCCGCCAAUUACCUUUUGAGGGUCAUGGACCAAAUACCACCCGAAGAAAUUCGGGGAGAGCACAACAACAAAGACUUGAUGGCGCGCAUCUUGACCAGACAUCUCAUGGCAUAUCCGUAUGCAUUGGUGGAAUACAAACCCACGUUUGGACACGUCUUUGCCGAGUAUUUGGAGGAAUACUCACACUGGGGAUACUCGGAUCUGGACAUUGUCUUUGGGGAUUUGGGUCGAUGGAUCACGGCCGAGGAACUCAACGAAUUUGAUAUUGUAACAUAUGGCUUUGGCGAUCAAAACCGAGUCUACUUGCGGGGACAAUUCACAUUUCACAAAAACACACCCAAAAUCAAUCAACUGUGGAGAAAAUGCGACUACCUCAGUCGAUUGGAUCAACGAUUCGGGAACGUACUGGCGGGGAAACAAAAACUCAAAUUCGAAAGUGCCGAAGGAUGCUACUCGGCCGCCAUUCUAGAACGACAAGACAUCAGAGUCAAAUAUGCCGUCAAGGCGCUCACUGAUACGCAAGAGUCGGAUUCAGUCUACAGUCAUGGACUGUACAUUGCCCGACAAAAACAUUCCAGAACAACCUCCUUUUUGCCCAAUGUCGUCAACAAGGUAGCAGCACAGCAUCAUCAUCGAGGGUUGGACGAUUAUCACAAGACCAAAAAUAUUGUCAUUUACAAGGCCAAAAGUCAGCAAGAAGGCAAAGUCCUACUGCAAUCAUCGACGCAUUGGUUUGAACGGGAUAGUGUCUACAGUGACACCACAAAGCCGUUGCAAUGGGAAGUCGGGAGAAAGGAAGUGAUUGACUUGGCAGAUCCUGACAGCAAAGCGAAUUGCAUGUAUUGGGCACAGAAAAAGUAUCAAAGUCGUCUUUGCGUGACCACGGAUGUUACGGAAAACGACACUGUCUUUUGGAUAAAUGGGCGGCUUUUCAAACAGCGAUAUGAAAAUGCAAAGCUGGACACUAAUGUAGCCACGGCACCUUUCUUCCAUUUUCAAGAGUGGAAACGGUACUAUAGGGAAGGACAAUUGGCAGCCUUUCGACCGGACAGUGAAGCGACAACUUUUGUCCUGACAAAGGAGGGCGCCAUACCCGUCUAUCCAAAGCAGGCAGAGGGAGUCGGACCUCCCUUGUGGCUCUUGCCACAAAUCAAAUCACCCCUGGGCAAAGCCGUGUUGCACUGGAAGGCGGGGAAUGCAGAGCUUGACCGGAAACUGCUACCUCCUCGCAGUUACUGCCUCAGCAGUCGGCCACGAACCUUUCCUCCAGUUCCACCCGCUCCGCAGUGCGUCUCCCAGAUUUCUUGGUGGGAUGAGGAACGGGUGCACAUUCUGUCCAUGGCACCGGCGUGGCAAACGGAUCUCGACGUCAAGUUGGAUGUCACCCUGGUCCUUACGCUCCAAGUUCCAGUUCACCAGGCAAAUGAAGCCACGGCUCUCAACGGGCUGCUGGAUAUUGUCGUUGCCAACCUCAACCGAUGGCAAGGACAACCGUGUGUCUUGAUCAUGCACGUCGCGGUCGAGGACGAAAGUCAGCAAGACGACGUCAUUCUAUUGAUGGAGGAUCGUCUCACUGAAAAGAGUGCUGCCGGUGCCGCAAACAACAACAACAACAAAUUUGACGCAAACGAGAAUCCAGGCAUUGACGAAAGUCCCAUAGCGCUCGAGUUUGAUACCGGGUCGUGCUUAAUCGGCGUGAUCUUCGCGAACCUCGCCGCUACGGUGGAUAUGGAGAAAAAGCAAGUUCCGCCCGACACAUAUCACGUCAGCCGCAAGGCGUUAUUGAACAUGGCCAUGGACGCUGUUCCAACACGUUGGUGGAUUAGUGGAGUCGAAUUAGAAAGAGGCAUGAUGCUCUCGAUGGACGCUGCGUUCUUUGCACACAGGGCAGCGUUGUCUUACCAGAGCGUGCCUGGAACCGUUUUCUGGCUGCCACAGUUCGCACUGGACGUGGAAGAUGACUUUGAUGAGGGUUUCACACUAUCCAAUCUGCUCGAGUACAGACACAAAGAACUAGUGAAGGAACCCAUCGAUUUCGAAGCUGGUCAAUGCGAGGCUUCGUCGGGAGAUAAAAUGAAACCAGAAAGGGUCUUCGGGCCUGUUACAUCUCUUUGGUGGGAACUGACAAAGAACGUUCUGCAGGAAAAGAGUUCGUAUAUGGAGGAUGAAGAAAUGACUCAGAAGCGUGCCAAAAUCCAGCACGAGCUGCAGCUGCGACUUGUAGAGCUCUUGACAUCCGAAAAGCACUAUGAUUUGUUUGCAAUGGACGAAUCACCAAUCCUCUUGACAGACAAUCAAGGACCCAAACUGGGCAUGGCCACAAACGAAAUCGCGCGUGAAGUGGAAGAAUUUGGAGGAAAGCUCUGCUACAACGCCCUGAGAAUAGCUCAACUGUCAACUUUGGGAUACAGUCUCAACAUUCUUCCAAGUGCCUUUGCUGCAUCCACUGGAACAUCUCGAUCAGCAGCGUACUGGACGGGUGUUCCAGACGACAGGCACGGGUUGGAGGAUGAAACGACCGUGGGGGGCUCGCGCUGCGACGGGUGUUUCAUGUUUGACGAAGAUCAUGAAUCCAUUCUGGAAGGAAUCGCCAAAGACGAGCGGAAAAGACCAGCAAAGGCCGCUGUACUUUGGGAGGAGCCUGAGCCAACAACAAAUUUCAAUCAGUAGGGGUUGGAGAUUUUAGCCCACAUCAGACCGGAUUUCCGUGAUGCGGCCACUAGCUAGCUAGCUAGCUGGUCAGCCUGCUGCGACAGGUCUACUGAUUUCCCACGCGCAGAGAAACCUCUGGUGAUGAUUAUCCACUCAUCGUAGCAAUGCUGGCUGCGAAAGUGUCUUCUUUGGCUUCAAACUCGACUGUACGCUGGAGGUCAGAAGCCACCCUCUGAAGUGUCCAGACGCUGCAUGCU